GCCCCGUGUUCAGAUUGCAUCCCAUCAAGCCACUUGAGCGGCAGCGCUUUUGGACGAGCUCCUCCCGAUUUGCAGAGAUUUGCCUCUUUCUAUCCACGGAGCACACACACACACACAAAAAAAACUAUAUUCUACUCAUGAAACGGUGAAGAGAAUAAGGAAAAAAAUACUGCUGAAAAAAAAAAACACCAAUGAGAAGAAAAACAAAAGCAGGGAUGGAAACGAACGGGAUCGAGAGGAAACCAACAGGUAUGGAGGGUGAUCCGGACCUCCAGUUCCUCUUGCAAGGUGGAGACCUCCUCAAGGUCCUGUCCCCAUCCUGGAAGAAGACCCGUUUCCUAAAACUCCAGGAUGACUGUAAGACCAUGUGGCGGGAAUCCAAGAAAACCUUCAAGUCCAGCCAGACCUUUCCAGUCGACAGCAUCUCUGCGGUUCGACUCGGCCGCCAGUCCGAGGGCUUGAAGAAGAACACAGAAGAGCAUGUUGAGGGUCGCUGCUUCACCAUCCUGUUUAAGGGUCGCCGCAAGAACCUGGACCUCAUGGCUAGCUCGGAGGAGGAGGCCGGGCGAUGGGUGAGGAGCCUGGAAAAACUCAUCUCCAACCUGAACAACCUCAGCCAUCAGCAGAAGACCGAACACUGGAUCUUCAGCUGCCUGAGAAAAGCAGACAAGAACAAAGACAACAAACUGACUCAGUCAGAGCUGCAGAGCUUCCUGCGGCUGAUCAACGUCGAGUUGGAUGAUGACUACGCAGAGAUGCUCUUCAAGAAAUGUGACAAGUCAAAUACUGGAUACCUCGCCGGAUCGGAGAUUACACAUUUUUACGAUCUGUUGACCCACCGGGAGGAGAUCGACGUCAUCUACGGGGAGUAUGCCACGACCACGGGCUUCAUGAGCACCAAGAACCUGGUGGACUUCCUGAUGAAGGAGCAGACAGAGAAAGCAACCCUAGCGGAUGCCAAGAGGAUCAUUGAGAAGUACGAGCCAGAUGAACAUGCCAAGGCGAAACACCUGUUGUCCAAAGAUGGCUUCCUCAUGUACCUCCACAAUCCAGAGGCCUCGGUUGCCAAUCCGGAUCACACAGAGGUGUACCAGGACAUGCAGCAACCCCUCAACCACUACUUCAUCUCCUCCUCGCACAACACCUACCUCAUGGAGGAUCAGCUCAAAGGGCCCAGCAGCACAGAGGCCUACAUCAGAGCUCUGCAGAAGGGCUGCCGCUGUGUGGAGCUGGACUGCUGGGAUGGAUCAGACAACGAGCCAGUGAUCUACCAUGGCUACACCCUGACCUCAAAGAUCCUCUUCAAAGACGUGAUCAAAGCCAUCAAGGAGUAUGCCUUCAAGACAUCUGAUUACCCAGUAAUUCUCUCCUUGGAGAACCACUGCAGCGUGGAGCAGCAGUCUGUCAUGGCCAAGCACAUGAGCUCCAUCCUGGGGAGCGCACUCGUCACCACUCCCCUGGGCGAGGGCAUGCCCACAAACUUCCCAUCGCCUGAGGAGCUGAAAGGGAAGUUCCUGAUUAAGGGAAAGAGGUUAAACAAGCUGGAGGCCAGCUUCGCUGACGCUGACGCAGAGGCUGAGAACACUGACGUGACUGAAGAAGAAGAGUCAGGGGAUGAGGCUGAGGAGGAACAAGAGGAGAAGAAGAGCAAGAAAAAGCUGAAGCUAGCCAAGGAGCUGUCCGACAUGGUGAUCUACUGUAAGAGCGUCCACUUCCAUGGCUUCGAAGAUGCUAGGAAAAAUCUGGGCUUUUACGAGAUGUCGUCGUUCAAAGAGGGAAAAGCCAUGAAUCUGGCAGAGGAGUCAGCAAACGCCUACAUCCGCCAUAACGUGGAGAAACUGAGCCGCAUUUAUCCUGCAGGCUCAAGGACCGACUCUUCAAACUACAACCCAGUGCCACUGUGGAACGCAGGCUGCCAAAUUGUCGCCUUAAACUUCCAGACACACUGCACAGAGAUGGACAUAAACCAGGGUAGAUUCCUGGUCAACGGCAAGAGCGGCUACAUUCUCAAACCCGCCUACAUGAGGGACGGCGCCACCGAGUUUGACCCGGUCACCCUGACCCGAGGAGAAUGGCUGCAGCACAAGACCCUUCAUAUCAUGAUCAUAUCGGCCCAGCAGCUCCCCAAAGUCAACAAGAAGAAGUCCUCCGUCGUGGACCCGUUUGUUAAAGUGCAGAUCUAUGGCGUGUCGGCUGAUGUCGCAGAGAAAGAGACCAAUCACAUUGGGAACAAUGGUUUUAACCCAUCUUGGAAUGAGAACUUCCAGUUCGACGUGUACGUGCCAGAUCUGGCGCUGGUUCGCUUUCUCAUAAUGGACCACGACUCGACGUCCGACGACGAGUUCGUCGGACAGUUCACGCUUCCGUUCAACAGCUUAAAAAUGGGAUACAGACAUGUGCCUCUGCUCAACAAGAAUGGAGACCUCCUCCCCUCAGCUGGACUCUUUAUACACGUCAUGAUCCUGGAUGCCGAGUGAAAGACCAGACUGUCUCCCCCCCGUCUGCAAACCUGGACCUCGUUCACACGUUUUUAUUGUUUUUAUUGUUUGUUUUCCUUCCAGGGGACAAUUAACUUAUACAUUUUAUUCCAGUAGUUUAAAAACCAAAUUGCAUAAGUAAUAUGAUCACAGAUUCACUAUCAAUCACAUUGCAGAAACAAUAAUAAUCUCAAAUUCUGGUUGGAAUAUUUUAGACUUUUUAUCAAAGGAUUAUUUUUUAGUCAAUUAAAAGAAACAAGCCUCUAUAACAAUAACUAUAUGCUACGUUUUCACCAAUUAGUUUAGCCCCUAAUAAUGAUUUAGUUUUCAUGUAACAUGAUCUGACUUGCUUUUUCUAACAGUAAACACUUUUAAAGUGUGAAA